CAAUGUACGUGAUUAUUUUACUCAGUGUUUAACAAAAUUUACUGUUAUUCAUGUGUAACUAGUGAUCUAAGCUAUGAACUAUAAACACUAGAUAGUAUUUCCAACUCAUUUUCCUUCAGAACAAAUAGUAGUAUCCCUUCAUUUCUUAUUCAUAGUAUAGUUUAUUAACUAGUCAAUAUGGAUGGAACCUGGGUGCUUAUAUUGCUGGCUCUGGUGAUGCUGGUGGGUUCCUAUGUAGCUGGGAGUAUACCACUAAACGUAACCAUGUCUGAGGACAAACUCAAGAAAGUGACAGUGUUCGGAGCUGGCCUCCUAGUAGGGACAGCUCUGGCAGUAAUCAUUCCUGAGGGUGUCCGGUCUCUGUUCAGCGAACACUCCGCACCGACAGUCGUCACUAAGGAUUUCACCGCACAGCCCCCGGCUCAUGAGGAUAAGGAUUUACACAGUGUUAUUGGGAUCACAUUGGUUCUUGGGUUCGUGUUUAUGCUGCUAGUCGACCAGAUGUCGUCCCGAUACAACGACUCUGGCAACCCCCAGGAGAGGAACAUGACCGCUACUGUGGGACUAGUCGUACACGCUGCCGCUGACGGUGUGGCCUUAGGCGCCGCCGCUACCACUUCUCACCGAGACGUCGAAAUUAUAGUGUUCCUAGCCAUCAUGCUGCACAAGGCGCCUGCGGCUUUCGGACUGGUGACAUUUUUGCUACACGCUGGCUUGGACAGAAAUCGUAUUCGCAAGCAUCUUCUAAUCUUCUCGUGCGCGGCCCCGCUACUAGCUCUGCUCACAUACUUCGGAAUAGGCAACGAGAGCAAACAAACGCUUAACGACUUCAACGCUACUGGUAUAGCGAUGUUAUUCUCAGCGGGUACAUUCCUCUACGUGGCCACGGUACACGUCUUACCCGAGCUCACCCACUCUUCCCACACCCACGCAUUACUAGGAGAGGCCCCUAAAGGCUUCGGAGGCCUGCAGCUGUGCGAAGUGCUUAUACUGACAGUCGGGGCCCUGUUACCGGCUCUACUCACCAUGGGACACGAACAUUAGAAUUGGUAACUUCGCUUAGCGGGACGUAAGUGACAUUUUUCAACCGAAGGACAAAAAAGAAAUCGCGUCGCUGGUUCAACGUGUUCAUGUGAUGUAUAUUUGAUUUAAAGAAUAAAAAAGUAGAAAUAAUCAUUAUUAAUAUGUAGUACAUUACGAUACAAGUGCGGAAAAUAAGAAGUUCGAAACGAGUGGCGAUAAAUUCUCCUUCAGUC